UUUCACACACCUCAGGAACACCUCUUUGCUGCUGCUGCCCGCUGCCCGGACACACCUGCAGCCCUGCCCAGCCGGCUCUGCUCACUCAGAGCUUGUCAAUGCCCCAGACAUGAGCCAGCCCAGGCCCCGCUACGUGGUAGACAGAGCUGCUUACUCCCUCUCCCUCUUCGAUGAUGAGUUUGAGAAAAAGGACCGCACCUACCCGGUGGGAGAGAAACUUCGCAACACCUUCAGGUGCUCCUCCACCAAGUUCAAAGCCACUGUGUUUGGGUUGUUACCUGUGCUCUCCUGGCUCCCCAAGUACAGGGUCAAAGACUACAUCGUCCCUGACUUGCUGGGUGGACUCAGUGGGGGCUGUAUACAGGUGCCACAAGGCAUGGCGUUUGCAUUGUUGGCCAACCUUCCUGCUGUCAAUGGCCUCUACUCCUCCUUCUUCCCCCUCCUGACCUACUUCUUCCUCGGGGGUAUACACCAGAUGGUGCCAGGUACCUUUGCCGUUAUCAGCAUCCUGGUGGGUAACAUCUGUCUGCAGCUGGCCCCGGAGUCGAAAUUCCAGAUCUUCAACAAUGUCACCAAUGAGACCUACGUGGACACAGCAGCCAUGGAGGCAGAGAGGCUGCAUGUGUCAGCAACACUUGCCUGCCUGACUGCUGUCAUCCAGAUGGGCUUGGGCUUCAUGCAGUUUGGCUUUGUCGCCAUUUACCUCUCUGAAUCCUUCAUCCGGGGCUUCAUGACAGCUGCCGGCCUGCAGAUCCUGAUCUCGGUGCUCAAGUACAUCUUUGGUCUGACCAUCCCCUCCUACACAGGCCCAGGCUCCAUCGUUUUUACCUUCAUUGACAUUUGCACAAACCUCCCCCACACCAACAUCGCCUCGCUCGUCUUCGCCCUGGUCAGCGCUGUCUUCCUGGUGCUGGUGAAGGAACUCAAUGCUCGGUACAUGCACAAGAUCCACUUCCCCAUCCCUACGGAGAUGAUUGUGGUAGUGGUGGCAACAGCCAUCUCUGGGAGCUACAAGAUGCCAAAGAAAUACCACAUGCAGAUCGUGGGAGAGAUCCAACAUGGGUUUCCCACUCCAGUGGUACCGGUGGUUUCGCAGUGGAAGGACAUGGUGGGCACAGCCUUCUCCCUGGCAAUUGUGGGCUACGUCAUCAACCUGGCUAUGGGCCGGACCCUUGCCAACAAGCAUGGCUAUGAUGUGGAUUCUAAUCAGGAGAUGAUCGCCCUGGGCUGCAGCAACUUCUUCGGCUCCUUUUUCAAGAUCCACGUCAUUUGUUGUGCCCUCUCUGUCACGCUGGCCGUGGACGGGGCUGGAGGAAGGUCUCAGGUGGCAAGCUUGUGUGUGUCUCUGGUGGUGAUGAUCACCAUGCUGGUCCUGGGGUCCUAUCUGUACCCUCUCCCCAAGGCUGUUCUGGGAGCCCUGAUAGCUGUCAACCUCAAGAACUCCCUCAAGCAACUCAGUGACCCCUACUACCUGUGGAGGAAGAGCAAGCUGGACUGUUGUGUCUGGGUGGUCAGCUUCCUCUCCUCGUUCUUCCUGAGUCUGCCUUAUGGCGUAGCAGUGGGUGUGGCCUUCUCCAUCCUGGUCGUGGUCUUCCAGACCCAGUUUCGAAAUGGCUCCACACUAGCCCAGGUCAUGGACACGGACAUCUACGUGAACCCCAAGACCUACAACAGGGUCCAGGAAAUUGAGGGGGUUAAGAUUGUGACUUACUGCUCCCCUCUCUACUUUGCCAACUCAGAGAUCUUCAGGCAAAAAGUCAUUACCAAGACAGGUAUGGACCCCCAGAAAAUAUUACUCGCCAAGCAGAAAUAUCUCCGGAAGCAGGAGAAGAGGACAGCGAUGCCCACCCAGCAGAGGAAGUCCCUCUUCAUGAAAACCAAGACGGUCUCUCUGCAGGAACUCCAGCAGGACUUUGAGACUGCUCCCUCUACUGACCCCAACAAUAACCAAGCGCCUGCAGGAGAUGCCAAUAUAUCCUACAUCACCUUCAGCCCAAGCACCUCGGCAGCUGCCCCGUGUGAGCCACCCUCCUCCACUCAGUCCCCCACAGAGCCUAGUGACGCGCUAGCCAGCGUCCCACCCUUUGUUCCCUUCCACACGCUCAUCCUCGACAUGAGUGGAGUCAGCUUCGUGGACCUGAUGGGCAUCAAAGCCCUAGCCAAGCUAAGCUCCACCUAUGGGAAGAUCGGAGUCCAGAUCUUCCUGGUGAACAUCCAUGCCCAGGUGUACAAUGACAUCAGCCAUGGAGGAGUCUUCGAAGAUGGGUGUGUCCAGCGCAAUCAUGUGUUCCCCAGCAUCCAUGAUGCAGUCCUCUUUGCCCAGGCGAAUACUAGAGAAGUCCCAGCAAGCAGCUUCCAAGGGGCUCCGGGAGACACUGAGCUCUCCUUAUGUGAUUCCCAAGAGGACGGUCCCAGCUAUUGGGACUUAGAGCGGGAGAUGUUCGGGAGCAUGUUUCACACAGAGACCCUGACUGCCCUGUGAGGGCUCCUUUGGUUCCCAUACUGCCUCCUGAGCUCCUGGCACCUGGUAUUUCCAUGGACGAUAAGCCCAGGACCACAGGAAGUGACAGAGAGAAGUGUCCGUCCACCAAGGCUCUAGAUCCUCUCUCAACUCCUUGUUCUCUCUCUGACUCCCCCCCCCACUUCCCUGUCUCCCUGGGAGAGAGCCAUCUUAGCCUCUGCAGCUGGAAGAGCCUGUCCAGACGAGGGUUGGCAAGGAUGAGAGUCUGGUGGGCCUACCUCGUCACCCUUCCCUUCCCACUGAAGCCUGGGCCAGCAGUAAUCUUAUUCUGCCUAUCUACACACGCCCCACCCAUGGCAGCUGAUGGACGCCUUGACUUCCAGCCUUAAGGGUGAACCAAGAACAGAAAGAUAAGAGCAACUGUGCUGAGCUGGAGUGCAGUUCAGACGGGUCUGUGGCCUGGGUGGUCUGGCCUCGGAAGGGUCUUGGGCUGUCGUGGGACACCGGGAUGAGCUGGGUUAGAAUGUUGAAGCUUGUCCCUCCAAUUGCCUCAAAGUUGUCAGCUCUGUGCCUCAAAGACACGGUACUAUCCACAAUCCAGGAGUCUCUGUGGCCAUUUCUCUCACUAAGACUGCUGAGGUUCCCCAUUGCUGUCCAGCACUUCAGACUCUAGUGUGGCAGUGGGCGGCCCCUCAAGACUGUCAGCACUACCUCUCCAGGGACAACCCACCAGGGAGCUGACUGGACCUCUUCAAUCAUCCCUGCCUGGACGCUGCCCCAUUCUGGAGAACAGGUGGCCAGCAGAAUCCUCCGACGAUGCAGCAGCAGCUGUUAUCACAAGACCUUUCGAGCACCCCUCUUUGUACGAGAGACAUGGAAAGGGAAGUCGGUUGUUAACGCAAACUCAGGGCAAACCGGUGGGUCCUAGGCCUGACAGUCCACCUGACCUCAGAGCCCACAGCACUUCUCCUGGGGAAAUCUGCCAUGUCCAUUUCCAUUUCCACUUGGAAAAAGCCAGCCAUUUGAACUCUCUCUUACCAGCCUGGAGCCCGGAGCUGUGGCGGGAGGCCCUGACAGGUGGAGGAGAAAGUUCUGAGGCGCUAGCUUCAGCAUCCAACUGGGUACAGAUGUGAAGGACUAUUCCAGACUGCAUCUCCCUUUACAGGGACCUCCUAACACUCCUAACACUCUCAGGACCUCCUUCCCC